CCUGGUCUGCAGCACCAUGCUGGAUCCCAAGCCUCACUCUGCAAGCCGGAGGUGAAUCCAGGUGAAAGCCAGCUGUCGCAGUAGGUGUCAGGAUGACCAAAGCACGGCUCCUCCGUCUCUCUGUGGUGCUGGUCUCCAUCUUCAUGAUCCUCCUGAUCAUUGUGUACUGGGACAACGUGGGAACGGCUCACUUCUACCUGCAUACCUCCUUCUCCAGGCCUCAUUCCCCAGGAGCCAUCCCUGGUAUCACAGCAGGCGAAGACUGGGAAGCCUUGCCAGACGUGGAUGAAUUUUUGGCAAAGCUGCUUAGCUCGAACCUGAAACAGAAUAACUCUAGCCCCCGAAAGACAGAGCAGCUACUCAUCCAGGGCUCCAGCAAGCCUGCAGUGAGCAAUCUGGAGGAGAACGUGCGGGGCUAUGACUGGUCUACGCACAAUGACAGAAACAGUUUGGACCAAGAGAAACUGCAGAUAGAGAGGCAGAGAACGUUGCGGGAGUUUUGUGCCAAUUCCAGCUUCACCUUCCCCACCAAGGAGCGCUCCUUUGAUGACAUCCCAAACUAUGAGCUCAACCACCUGAUCGUGGAUGACCGCCAUGGCAUCAUCUACUGUUAUGUCCCCAAGGUGGCCUGCACCAACUGGAAACGGGUGAUGAUCGUGCUAAGUGAGAGCCUGCUGGACCAGGGGGUCCCAUACCGGAACCCUCUGGAUAUCCCCCGGGAACAUGUCCACAACACCAGCACCCACUUGACAUUCAACAAAUUCUGGCGCCGUUAUGGGAAGUUCUCCCGGCACCUCAUGAAGAUCAAGCUGAAGAAGUACACUAAGUUUCUCUUUGUACGAGACCCUUUUGUCCGCCUCAUCUCUGCCUUUCGCAGCAAAUUUGAGCUGGAGAAUGAGGAGUUCUACCGGCGUUUUGCCAUCCCCAUGCUAAAACUGUACUCCAACCAUACCAACCUUCCCACCUCCGUUAGUGAGGCCUUCGGGGCAGGCCUCAAAGUCACCUUUUCUGACUUCAUCCAGUACUUACUGGAUCCCAGGACAGAGAAGAUGGCCCCCUUCAAUGAGCACUGGAGGCAGGUUUACCGUCUGUGCCAUCCAUGCCAGAUAGACUAUGAUUUCAUCGGAAAGCUGGAGACGCUGGAUGAGGAUGCUGCUUAUCUAUUGCAGCUCCUCAAAGUGGACAGGCUGCUUCGCUUCCCCCCCAGCUACCGGAACAGGACUGCCAGCAGCUGGGAAGAUAACUGGUUUGCCAAAAUCCCCCUGGCUUGGAGGCAGCAGCUCUACAAGCUUUAUGAAGCAGAUUUUGUACUCUUUGGCUACCCCAAGCCAGAAAACUUGCUUAAAGACUAGAAGCAAUUGGGCGGUGGGUGUGGGAGGGAACAUCUGAAAUACCAAAAAUGUUUAAAGCCUCCUCAUUUUUGCUCUUAAUUCCCUUCCCCGUACAGGUUGGUACAACGGAAUAUAUUUUUUCUACCGCCCCCCCUUCCAUUUUUGCAAUAAUGCCAGAGUCCGGGGUAUUCCAGCCAGCUGUGCAUAGGCAAAAAAUGCCAGGUUUUUUGUUACCAUUUGUUGUCUGGGUUUUCUGUUUUUUACAAUGUCCCCAUGUUUUGCAAUGGGUCGCUGCCCUUGGUCACUCUGCCAGCUGUGUCCUUCAGUAGCUUUUUAUUAAUACUUUUUAAAAAUUAAUAUAUUUAAGAUAUUUAAUACGAAGUGUGUGUCGUGGCAAAGGAAGGGAAGGAAUAAAAAAAAAAAAAAGUAAAAGAAAAGCC